UUUCAGCCGUCUGCGGGGUUGAGCGCCGCCUAGCGCACUGUUGAGAAUGAGAUAUGGCGCACCCCACUACGCGCCUGCGACACUACAGGACAAUGACGGCCAUCUGCUUUGUCUGCAACCUGCCGAUCCUGAGCCACCAGGUGGGGCUGGUGUGGAUGGGCGGCAACGGCUGGGACGACAUGGUACGAGAGCAGGUGGAGGAGUCCACUCUUCGCAGCCGUCUGGGGGCUGGGCGCAGAGACUCCUCGGCACAGAUCACCAGUAUCUCCCCGCCCACAGAGACCCAAGAGACGUCACCUCCCGUGUCCGCCCGUCGUCGUCGCAGCUCGCUGGCCCAGCUGACCGACAUCUUGCGCGAGUGGGGUGGGUCUACCACCAAAACGCGCGGUAGCAAGCCGUUGGUGCGGCGCGAGACUCUGGCCGACCUGGCGCGCUCGCUGCCAUGGGCCAAGCCCUCGGAGUCCGGCUCGUCUUACCGCAAACGCCGCGAAUCUUCGGCGGACUCCGGAGUGAAAUCGGCCUCCACCAAGUCGCGACGCGAAUCCGGGAGCACGAUCGCGGCCGAUAUCGCCAGGAUAUGGCGCAGCAGGGAACACAACACCGUCAUAGUGGCUUCCACCGAGCGCAGACGGAGUUCCGUGGAAUCGCAUCGUAGCGGCAGACGUGAUUCUAACGCGCUACAGGGAGGCUCGAGACGGGGGUCUGGAGAGUCGGCGAAAAGUGGGAGAAGAGAUUCGAACGCAGGGGUGGUUCCUUCUCCACCAAAACUGCCUCAUCAACACAGUCACAGACAUCACCAGAGAAGAAAGUCGAGACCGACUGUUGAACCGCCACCUACAAAAUACUAUAGAGACGAUCAGAGACCUUCGACCUCUUCGACCGCUUCGGACAGCGCUCCCGUAGUCCUCAACCUGACCACAACCACCACAGAGUCAGGGUGUGGCUCCGGCAUGGUUCUACCUCCACCGACCAUAUCCCUCACCAGUUCUGUGACUCCUCCGCCCACUUCACCGGCAGGUCCGACUACCCCAGUGUCGGGAGUGGCUCCUUCGUCACCUACUGCAGUAGUCAACCAUGCUGUGUCUCCAGGAGCAGUGCCUCCCCCUAUGCUGCCCAACUCUAACUCUGUGGCCACUCCUACAACUACGGCUACCACAACUCCUACACAUCCUCUUAUCAACACCAGGCGUGACUCUACUACACAGGUGAACCGAACUGUUUACCUAAAGGGUCGGAGAGAUUCAAGAGCUGGCCACGACCGCUCGCCAGAGCGUCGGCCUACCAACAAGGAACCUUCCCCAAACAAGUUCCGCUUGCCGAGGCAGUCUACUGCAAUCGAUGAGAGUUGUCUGCCACCAGGGGUGUGGGGGCGCCGGGGGUCCCAGCCUACACUCUCUCCUGAUCCAGAGGACAGCUCAGGCCGCAAGGCCAGAAGAGACUCUCUAUCUCCCGACUCGGCCAGUUACUCUCGCGGUCGUCGGGACUCCCGGUCUCACCUGUCUCCUGAGAGGUCAGGAGAACGAGACGUGUCUCCCGUGGGCCGCAACCGCCGCGGACGUCUUCGGCGUCAAUCGACCUCCAUCGCCGGUAACCGGAGGGGCUCACACUCUCCCCGCUCUCCGGACUCUUCAUCCACGUGUUCCUCUAGAGACCCUUCACCGUGCAACAAACCCGUCGUCUCCACCGCCCCCACGCACGAACGCCCGGCUAUACGAAGACAAUCCACGACGGAGGAGAUCCUGAUCGCGCGGGGUUUCCGACGUCAAUCCACCACCGAAGAGAUGAUCCGCUGCCGCAACUUCAGGAGGCAGAGUUCCCAGUCCGAUGACUGUUGUCGGUACCGCGGUCGCCGUGACUCCAGCGCGCAGAUCACUGACGGCACUCUGGCCACCAUGACGGUCGAGACUACCAGCACCUUCUUCGACUCCAGCACACAAACAGGUCAGAAUACUUCAUAG